CUCAAGAUGACGCCGCGGUGUGGCGCUACCGAGCGAAAGGCGCACUUUGGACAGGUUCAAACGUGCAUCGUGGCGAAUGAACGCGUGUUGUCAUUUGUUUUCACAAAGUAUUUAUUGUCGAAUCUUUGUGUAGAGAUUAUCGAAUCGUUAGAAUUAUUGAGACAGAAUUAUCAUUGUUGAAAUGUGCAGCGUGAAUUGAGUUCUUCAUUAUCUGCCGGUUGUCAACUGAUGCAUAUUACAUUUCUAUUGCAGCAAACAACAGGCCACGCUCAGGGUGAUAAUUGAGAACGAAUUUCUCUAAAGCCAUCCCAGAGAAGUCAACAAUCCAACUUUGGUGCGGUAGAUAAAGUGAUCAAUAUCAUUUCUAAAAACGCGUUAAUAGUGUGUGGUAUAGUGCAGUGUGUGGAGAUGUGAGUGCUGAAACUUUGGUGUUAAGACUUGACAGUGUUGAGACGGUCCGAAGAGGACGAAACCUGAUGGGGAACAGCUCCGGAAGGCAGUGUAUCCUGAAGAAGAAAAUCACCUUCGGCAGAGUUUGUGAGUCGUGUGCUUUGAUCUUGCUGUCUAUCUUUCCUCAAUCUUUUCUAUCGCGUGGCAUGGCGGUACUCAUAUUUACUUGUAUCUGUUAUUUUUUAUUUUAACUCAUCCAUUGAAGUUCUCAAGUCAAUUUUUCAACUGCUUUGAAACUGAUUCAAUGAAUUUGAGAUUAUUUAAAACGAUUGCAGCAUUUAUUAAGCAAGUUUAUCCAGUAAUUAUACUCAUCUACCAUCUGUAGUUUAGUUUUUCCAAUAAUAAUGUUGUUUUCGGAUAAUUCAUUCACAUCUUGGAAGUUAAUUCUGAAUUAGUAAAUUUUGGACAGGAUGUAUUAACCCGUUCUUCCCCUACAGUGAAUUUCACCAAAGUAAGUUCCAAACCCCGUUAUACGAUUGAUGCGCAUAGAGUGAGUGUGUUGGUGAGAAUGUGGUUCGUAAUUAAAUAUAGGUGGCAUAGGUAGGAAUGGGUAGGCCGGGUGCUGGAUGUGGCUGGAACCAAAUGCGUGCGCUAUUAAUGAUAAGAAUCUCAAGUUGAGACGGAAUUGGGAACAUCUGUCUCAACUUUGGGGUUCCAUCGAAUCGAUUCGUUGAGUUGGGGGACAAAUAUUGUUAUGAGUAGGAAGGAAUCGCGAACGGUCAGGCAGGUAGUUUUUAAGCGGGUAUAUCCAUUCGUUUCACAGCGUCCUACAAUCGCAGAUAUUUAACAUGAGUUCCCAGUAUUAAAUUCAUUUCACUAAUUUUCCUAUAUUGAGUGUCAGAAAUCCUAGAACCUGUAUCAUUAUGCAUCAAAAAAAUUCAGACACAUUUUUAAUAUUCAGAAUUAAAAAUAAAGCCAAGCGAUUGUUGGACUGGGCAACAUGCUUUCUUUCGGCUCUGUGUUAACGUGGGGCACAGAGUUGAGAAGGGAAGUUGAGCCUGAAGCCAUCACAUUGAAGAGGAUCGCCGACCGUCAUGCCACCAAUUAUCUCUGUUUCUGCUUUUUUCUUUUCCCUUUCUAUCUUUCUUGUUAAUUUUUUUUUUUUUAAUAUUCAUUUCUUAUCGCUUUCUGCAUGUGUGUGGUAGUUGAGAGUCUCGCAGCUAGUUUGCAAUUAGAGCUCAGACUCGAAACUUUGUACUUUCUUGUAACUUAUACUCAUAUCACAUUGCUGAAUGUUUCAGGUCUCCUAGUGAGAGGAUUUAGCCUACCAGAGUCUUCAAUUAGAAAAUGCUUCAAUUACAUGAAUAUCUUGAACUAAUCUGUUCUGUUGUGGGUUUCAGGUCACCGGAGUGAGCGGGGACUUUGUCGGUGAAGUUCUCGGAUAAGACAAAUUUUUCCUUUGAUUGUUAUUUUUAUACUAAUCUGUUCUGCUGUGGGUUUCAGGUCACCAUAGAGAGUGGGGUAUUUUCUUGAGAAGACCUCACACAAAACUAGCUAUUUAUUUUACUGUAUUUUGAAACUGAUUAUAUUACUGUGUGCUACAGAUCAUCGCAGAUCAUCGCCCUUCUCGUUAUACCCUCGGCUAUCACAUUGUUGAUUGUAAAAGUAACUACCGGUUUUGAAAGAUAACAAGGACUUAGUAGAUGUUUCGACUAUUUGAAGGCACCCAAAUUUUUUUCUCAGUCUCAAAAAUGGCAAUGAAUGUCAUGAACACUACCUCUACGUCAAAAGUAAGUGACAAGUUGAAUGAGAGACAAUAAUAGGAAAAACUGACAGCCCGCUCUGUCUUCAAGUCAAAGUGAGUAGUGUCACUGAAAUGUUGUUUACGUUUCUCUCUUCGUUUUCCUCUUUACCGAUUAAUUUAGGGGUUGAAAAUUUUUUGACGCUGUUCAGUUACUCAAACGUCACCAGAUGGAGCCGAAUCCAAAUGAUGCGCCUGCAUCUACACUUGCAUAGAGAAUCCAGAAUUUGUAAAGUGCUCGUAGCAGAGGAUAUCGGCAAAGCAAUUUAGAUGCAUUUCUACGUAGCUUGAGAGCUGUUUUGUUGAAAUAAAUCAUCUUCAUUACAAGCCUUUGUGAUAUGUGAUACGAGCCCGUGAAAGGACGGUACAAUCUAUUUGAAUAAUCAUACUCGCACAUGCUGAAGUGCCGAUUGCGUUAACCUUUGAUCGUUAAUAACCUUAACACACGCGUCUAAUAGUAUUCACGAUGUCGAAGAGAAAAUUAGACGAAGUUUUAAGCGAAGACUGGAAAGAGCCUAAUCCUAAAGUGGAACCAGCGAUAAAAAAUUCUCUCGAUUCUGAUGAGGAGGACGAUGAGGCUAACGAAGAUAAUUACAAUGUUAUGCAUGAGGAUGAAUUCGAAGGGACGGAGGAUGGUCCGGUAGCUGCAGAAACAGAUGUAGGUUUCACAGCUUUCAAUAUGAAAGAAGAAUUAGAGGAAGGGCACUUUGACAAAGAUGGUCAUUACCUUUGGAAAAAAGAGAAACAAAUCAGGGACAAUUGGCUAGACAACAUUGAUUGGGUUCAGGUGAGAAUCACUUGGAGUGAAAUUCUAUCAAUGGCUGAAAGCUGCUCCAUCAACUUACAGAUUAAACCAGGUGGUCCAGAAACAACGAGUCAAAAAACAGGAGAUGAUAUCAAGGGAUUGGCAGACAGCGACAGUGAAGAUGAUGAUCAAGACACUGCGUUUGACAGCACAUUACUUUAUAAAAAGAUUUUAGAAUUUCUGCGCCCAGGAGAGACUGUGUCAAAAGCACUUUGCAGACUCGGGCAGGGAAAAAAAAGAAUGACGACUGCCGAACGUUGGAAAAAGAAAAAAGAAAAACAAGCUGGUGUGGAAACUAACGAAAACGCUGAUAAAAUAAUACAGUUAACAGAGUUUGCCAAUGAACUGCUCACCCGGACUGGAAACAUGGACAUCUACCAGGAAAGCUACGAGCAGAUAAAAAAGAAGAUUGAGCUGAGUGGAAAACAAUCGCAUCCUUCAAAACAGGAGGCAGAGUUAGAUAUGUACUCUGAUGACUUCGACGUCCAAGAAAAAGCCAAAAUCGACGACCAUACCAGCACUGAUAUGGUAGGUACGGAAAAGCCAAAGGAGGGAGAAACUACAGAGACGAACACCGGUAUUGAAAAUGAUGAGGUAACAUGGGAGUUGAAGUGGUCGCAGAACGAAACGGCUGAAGUUCACGGUCCACAUACAACGGAGCAAAUGCAAGCGUGGGCAAAAGAGGGAUAUUUCAAAUCUGGAGCUUGGGUACGGAGGACUGGUCAACAGGGACAGUUUUACAGUGCAGCCAGAGUAGAUUUUGAAUUGUAUCUGUAAAAAUUUGAUUUCGUUCAUGGAAUUUCAUUUCAUAUUUCCGACAUGCUUCUAUUACCGUUCAAGGAAAUCUAUGGUAAACUUGUUGCUUAUUCCUGUUUAAUAAUUAAUUUAUACAAUGCUAUAUACAAUAAGUUACAUCGUCAGACUUAUCAAACUAAUGAGAACGAUCGAUAAAUAAUUAUAGAUGAAAAGUU